AUGAAGCCCAAGAGAUUUCACGGUCUGAAACGGCCAAAACUCCGACAAACAUGGAACAAAUACAACCUCUACAACAUCUUUCGCAUGCGAAACCCCAAGAUCGGCUCCGGCGACAACGAGACCUUCUUCCAACAGAAAUGGCGGGCCAAAGGUAUGCUGCGUGGCUACCACGGCGAGCACGUCGUCGAGCGCAAGUGGGAGCGCAUGUUCAGCAGGCGUCUGCUGGGUGUCGCCGACAUGGACGCCAGAUACAUGGCUGAGUACGACGGUUCUGAGAUGGCUGCAGGUCGAGGGUCUGGCAAGGACGACCCGCCCGAGUGGGGGACCGACAUCAUCCGGAAGCGCACCUUGACCCCCUACAUGCAGAUGACCUUCUCGCCCAUGGAGAGGAGGUUAGACAUUGCCGUGUUCAGAGCCAUGUUCGCCAGUAGUGCGAGACAGGCCAAGCAGUUCUGUGUGCAUGGCGCAGUCAAGGUCAAUGGCAAGGUGAUGCACUACCCUGCCUACCGUCUCAACCCCGGCGACAUGUUCCAAGUCGAUCCCGACCGCGUCAUGUACGCUACCGGCGCCAAGAAGAAGGGUGGACUUGGAGAGUCCACGAGGCAACCACAAGCCACCGCUAGGGAGGACGACACCGAUGCGUCUACCGAGGUGGUCACCGAAGUGGAAGCUGAAGCAGCCGCCGAGCAAACAUCAGAACCCAAGGCAGAAAAGACAGAAAAAGACCCAGAGACGACGGAUGCGGCGGAAGCUGCGGCGGUAGAUAUGAAGCCGACGCGAAAGCAGAUCCAAGACGUGACAGCACAGGUGAAGGCCAUCCUAGCAGACGAACCUGUGAGCGUACAGCAGAAGCAAAACUUGCGGAAGUUCAUCAAGAACGUGAAGCCCCUACUGUCGCGUGCUGGCCGCGCCAACGCUUCACCGUCCGAGAUCACAGACGAGCUCUCCAAGAUGAUGAGCGGGCUCAACUUGGAUACUACCUCGCCCGGAGACAAGGCUGAAGCUGCAUCGCCCAGCCAACCAAGAUCCACCUCCUCGAAUCCCAUGGACGACCUGACCAAGGACGAGCUCAAGCAGCUGGAGCAGCGCAUGGCGGAGCACAUACGCGACGAGGAGGAGAACCCCGUCGACUUCACCAAGCCGUACGCCACACCCUGGCGGCCCCGCCCCUACAUGUCCCCUUUCGCCUUCAUACCCAAAUACCUCGAGGUCAACCAGAACGUCUGUGCCGCAGUAUACCUGCGGCAUCCCGUCGCUCGCGUGGGCAGUGCCGAAGUGCCCACGCCAUACAACAACAACGUCAGUCAACUGGCUUUCAACUGGUACCUGAGACGGCGGUAG